AUGACGGAUGUUAAGAGUCGACAAGUGCAGUUAUAUUUGGAUGCUGAGUCGAAAACCGAGGAAGCACGAUCUAAGUUUGAAGAGCUUGCGGAAUGUACAUACGGAAGUAAGAACUUAGGUAGUAGUGGACAAGUUUUGGAGUACAUGUCUUGUGACUGUGUAGAGCAAUGGGACAGUGAACAGGGCAUUAAUCUUGCGUGUGGUGAAGACAGCGAUUGUAUCAACCGAGUUACCAGUGUGGAGUGUAUCAAUAAACAUUGUGCAUCAACAUGUGGGAAGAACUGUUCCAAUCAACGGUUUCAAAAGAAACAAUAUGCUCCAGUAACAGUAUUUCAAACUGAGAAGAAAGGGUAUGGUUUGCGAGCUGAUAAAGAAUUAUCAGAGGGACAAUUCAUUUACGAGUAUAUUGGGGAAGUUAUUGAUGAAAAGGCAUUCAGACAACGAAUGAUAGAAUACGAUACAAAGAACUUUAAGCAUUUUUAUUUCAUGAUGCUUAAUAAAGAUUCGUUUAUUGAUGCCACUUUAAAAGGUUCCUUAGCAAGAUUCGUCAACCAUUCUUGUAGUCCUAAUGCCUUUGUGGAUAAAUGGGUUGUAGGGGAAAAGUUACGAAUGGGGAUCUUUGCUAAGAGAAGCAUUGCCGUUGGAGAGGAAAUCACUUUUGACUAUAAUGUGGAUAGAUAUGGUGCUCAAAAACAACCUUGUUAUUGUGGUGAACCCAACUGUAUAAAGUUUAUGGGUGGGAAAACUCAAACAGAUGCUGCAAUGUUAUUACCAGAAGGAGUAUCUGAAGCCUUGGGUGUUACUACCAAGAUGGAAAGAGCUUGGGUACGUGAAAAUAAGCAUAAGCUCAAAACAACUAAUGAAGAUAGUGGGAUCAACGAAGAUUUUGUUAAUAAUAUUCCCAUGCUUUCUUUGCUGCAACCAGUUGAGGUUUCUAAGGUCAUGGGAGCUUUGAUGAAGAAUCAAGAUGUGUUAAUAGCUUCUAAACUUAUAGAAAGAUUAUUUUUGACCAAUGAUGACAACAUCAAUUUGGCAAUUAUAAGGUUUCAUGGUUAUAAGACGUUUUCAAAAUUAAUUGAAGAAUAUAGAACCAUUGAUUCCGAACUUUCUCAAGAAAUCUUGACUAAGAUAUUAAAGAUUUUGGGGAAAUGGCCAAAAGUCACAAAGAAUAAAAUCAGUUCUUCACAAAUUGAAGAUGUGAUAAGAAAAUUGAAGGCUGCUUCAACUAACGAAGAGAUUCAAACAUUGGCUCAAAGUUUACUUGAUGAAUGGAGUACGUUGCUGAUGGCAUAUAGGAUCCCCAAGUAUGAUGGAAAUGAAGCAUAUAAUCAUAGCCCUAUUUAUGGUAGAGGGACACGAUCUCCAGAACAACCUUCCAUGGAUGGACAGAAUUAUAACAAUUCACAAAAACAAGAAUCUCUGGAAUUUGGUACAUACAAUGAUGCUGAUGGGACUCCGUUACCGGAUGGUUGGCAAAUGGCUAUUGAUAAAGAUACGGGGAAACCUUAUUAUUUCCAUACGGAGAAAAGAUUAUCGAAAUGGGAAAGGCCAGUAUCAGCUAUAAAACCUCAAUUACCCAAGGGGCCCAAGUUUGUUUCAAAGGAGAUAAAUGGAAGGGGAGGAAGAGAAGGAAGUGGUACUCCUAGGAGCAAGCAUCACGAAGAAGAAGAAUUAGCUCGUCGGGAAGAAGAUAAGUUAAGAAAGGAAAAGGAGAUGCUAUACAAUGAAGUGCUUGAAAAGGAGAAGCGUUUACAAGAGUUAAUUCAGCAGAGUCAAAAAGGAACUCAAGCGGGUAUGGCUAGUUCUGUAAAGUCUUUGAGUUCCAAUUCCAAUGGGGGUAUAAAGAACAAGCAAUAUAAAUCGCUGAGUCAUAGAACACCAAGUACAGAGUCUCAAUGGAUGGCAUUAUUUGCCAAAUAUGUACCUAAUUUACUUCGUCUGUAUGAAGCGGAAAUUGGCCGUGAAAACAUGAAAAAGUGUGCCAAAGAUUUGGUACAUCAAUUGGCCCAAAAGGAAGUGAAACGUGACGCAGAGAAAACUCCCCCCAGUGAGUUUGUUGAUUCCAAAGUUAAAAAGAUAAAGGAAUCUGUGAAGUUAUUUAUGGAAAAGUAUUUGGUCAAGUACAGAAAGAAGCACGAUAAGAGGAAGCAUGAAUCCAGUGAGAACAAUCAAAGGAAAAGGGUCAAAACCGAUGAUUAG